AUGUCCUCAAACUCGCACUCCAAUUCCAAUUCAUACAGCUACACCUCCUCCAGCUCCUUUUCCUCCCAUUCCCAAUCCUACUCUUCUCACUCCUCCUCCUCCAAUUCCCACUCCCGGUCCAACCCUCAAAUCUCCUCCCAAUCCCACUCAACCCACAGCACGCAGCAAGCCCACUCGUCCGACCGCGACGGCACGACCAUCCGACGCACCCACGAAGAGACGGGCCAGCCACGCGUCGACGAGACGAGGUAUUUCCCCACGGGCAUUGGGUCUGGGUCUGGGUCUGGGUCUGCGUCUGCUCUUCAUUCUUCUGGUGCUGGAGCACGGAGGAUCGAGGAUGUGACGGAGUCGGAUGGUGAUGGCGCUAAUGAUGGUGAUGAGACGACGGGGGAGGGGGACAGUGAGCAGGCCGCCAGAGGCAGGGAGUAUGAAGAGCGCAUCGAGGAUGAAUAUGCGAAGCGCGAGGGCGGCGCGUGA